UGGGCACACCAUUGACAAUGAGGACGAAAGAGUUGGUUUUUAUCAUCAUAUUAAUCAUCUCAGGAGAACUCUAUGCAGAAGAGAAACCCUGUGGUCUUCCUAGUGUGGAAAAUGGAAGGAUUGCUCAAUAUUACUAUCCUUUUAAAAGCUAUUACUUUCCAAUGAAAAUAAAUGGAAAACUGUCGUUUUCCUGCUUGGCUGGUUAUACAACUGAAACUGGGAAACAAGAGGCACACGUCACAUGUACCCGAGAGGGCUGGUCUCCAGAACCACGUUGCUACAAAAAAUGUGUUAAGCCUGAGUUGAGAAAUGGUUACAUCUCUGAUGUAAAAUUAAUGUACAAAAUUCAAGAGAACAUGCGUUAUAGUUGUAAUUCAGGAUAUAAAACCACUGGAGGAAAGGAUGAAGAAGAAGUUCAAUGUCUUGCUGAUGGAUGGUCUUCUCAACCUACCUGUAGGAAGGAACAUGAAACAUGUUUGGUCCCUGAAUUAGAUCAUGGGAAUUAUUCCACGACGCAGAAAACGUUCAGAGUGAAGGACAAAAUACAGUACGAGUGUGCUACUGGCUACUACACAACUGGGGGAAAGAAGACAGAGGAGGUAGAAUGCCACACAUAUGGAUGGUCUCUCACACCAAAAUGUACCAAAUUAAAGUGCUCUUCUUUAAGAUUAAUAGAAAAUGGUUAUUUUCAUCCCAUAAAGCAAACAUACGAAGAAGGAGAUGUAGUUCAGUUUUUCUGUCAUACAAAUUAUUAUCUAAGUGGAUCUGACUUAAUUCAGUGCUAUAACUUCGGUUGGUACCCACCAUCUCCUGUAUGUGAAGGAAAAAGAAAUCGAUGUCCUCCUCCACCUCUGCCUCUACACUCCAAAAUUCAAACAUAUUCAACAACUUAUCGUCAUGGAGAAACAGUUCGUAUAGAAUGUGAACUUAAUUUUGAGAUCCAGGGGUCAGAAGAAAUACGUUGUGAAAAUGGAAAAUGGACAGAACCUCCAAAAUGCACAGAAGAAAAGGAGAAGACAGCCUGUGGGGACCCACCCAUCAUUGAGAAUGGUACAGCAAACCUGGACUCUACGAUUUAUUACAAUGGGGAUAAAGUGGCAUAUGAAUGUAAAAGUGGGUAUCAUCUUCGAGGAUCAGCAGAAAUAACUUGUAAACGUGGAAAAUGGACAAGUCCUCCUGAGUGUGUUGAAAAUAAUGAGAAUUGUAAGCCACCACCUGAUAUAAUAAAUGGCGCUGUUGUUGAUGGAUUAUUAGCAAGCUACACAACAGGAUCCUCAGUAGAAUAUAGAUGCAAUGAAUAUUACUUACUGAGUGGAGCAAAAGUAUCUCGUUGUGAACAAGGAAGAUGGUCAUCCCCACCUAUUUGCUUAGAGCCAUGUACUAUUAAUGUGGAUUACAUGUACAGAAAUAACAUAGAGAUGAAGUGGAAGUAUGAAGGAAAGGUCUUACAUGGAGAUUUAAUAGAUUUUGUAUGUAAAGAAGGAUAUGACUUAUCUCCGUCAACCUCAUUGUCUGAAUUUUCUGUACAAUGCAAUAGAGGAGAAGUGAGAUAUCCUUUAUGUAUUAGAAAAGAAUCUAAAGGAGUGUGUGCAUCUCCUCCACUUAUUAAAAAUGGAGUCAUAAUUAGUUCAACAUUAGAAAUCUAUGAAAACGGUUCCUCAGUAGAAUACAAGUGUUUUGAUUACCAUUUUCUUCAGGGGUCUAGGGAGUCCUAUUGUUUAGACGGAGUGUGGACUACACCACCAUCAUGUUUAGAGCCUUGCACAUUAUCUCCUGUUGAAAUGGAAAAUAAUAAUUUACUCCUGAAGUGGGAUUUUGACGAUAGACCAUAUAUUUUCCAUGGCGAGUAUAUUGAGUUUCUUUGUAAGAGAAAUACAUAUGUAGCUGACCUCUCUAUUUUUGGAUCUGAACUCAGAGUGCAAUGUGACAGAGGGCAGUUAAAAUAUCCAACAUGUAUUCACAGAGAAAGGAUGCUGUCUUAUCAACAACACUUCAGGACAUAAAAAUGUAUUAAAAAAAUGUAUGACAGAAAGAAGAAUAGUAUAUCAACACACCGUAAAAUCCUUUAUAAAACAUAAUUUUUAGAAGAAAAAUUACAAACCUCUAAGUUUUAACUUGCUUGAAGAUUUGAAUCUAAGUUGUCUAUGUUGAACA